ACUCCUUCUUUGUUGAUUCCCAUAUCAGUGCAGGGAUCUGCCACAUGGAUCUGAAGACAUCUCUGCUUUCGUGUAAAUCCCAUAACACACGAUCUCCUCGCAGCCCCUUGAAUGUUUUGGAUCCAUUGGUGGUGGUGCUGACUCCGGCCUGGCCUAGCUUGCGCAGCGAUAUCAGGUUGGCCUUCAGCCCCGGUACGAGUAACACAUCCUUCAGCACAACCAGUCCACCAUCAGGUGCUCUGAAUGCAGCUCGACCAACUCCAGCGACCUUCACUGCAUGUCCGGAUGCUGAGCGCACUUCAGAGAUUGGAGGCGCUCGCACAGCAUCCAGCAAGUCCUUGCGUGGUGUCAUUGUCCAUGCAGCACCAGAGUCCAUGACCCACAUGUCAAGCGGGUGCAAUUCCUCUCCAGCCCUUGCAACAGCUGUGCCACUGUCAUCUUUGUCACACACAUGGUAGAACUGUCCAGCAUUCCUCUCCUCAUUUCGCAUUCCUCUGUCAUCCUUGGAGGUUUCUUCAGCAGGAUCAGCUACCAUGUUGGCACCUCCAUGUGGUUGUUUUCCUCCAUUCCCCUUCUCCGAUUGGUUCCAAGGGGUCCACCAGUCGGGCUUGGUAGGGCAGCGAAACCAUGGAUGCCCUUCUUCCUUGCAAUACCAGCACUCUCCCCUCAAGCGUGGUUCACUGUUGUCAUUGUUGGAGUGACCACCUCUUCCUCUUGCACCAGCGCCACCACGCCCCCGCUGGUUCCAAGUCCCGCGACCACCUUGGCUGUGGUAAGAGCGACCGCGAUUGCCACGCCCUCGAUCCCUCCAUGUCCCUUGCAUGGCAUAGCCGCUGGUGCUGUCAUCACCUCCGCGCAGUGUAUAGCGACGAAAAUCUUCUUCCAGAAUCUUGGUGCGAAUCCACUCCAAUGUCCAUUGACUUUGGUUUUGUGGCAAGCUGAGUCCGCUUAUAAAUUGCAGCCAAGACUCCGGCAGCAGGCUGAGCAUCUUGAGACACUUUGUCUGCUCUGGGUACGUGAUGCCUGCAAUCGCCAAUUUCGCGUAGAGUUCCCUCAUCUUGUCCAGUACGGGCUGCACAGCUUCAUUCUCGCUCAACCGCAGCAUGGACAGCUCCCGAUCCAGCAUGAGAGAAGCGGCAACCGAUGUCGGAGCGUGCAGGUCCUUGAGCACUGCCCAUGCCUUGGGCCCACAAUCAAUUUCCGGUAGCAGAUGCAUGAUGUGAUGCCUCUGGUUCAGCUCCAAGCUUUGUGACAGUAGAUAGUACCCAGCAGAUGAACGUUCAUCCCAGUCCGCUUGCUCUGCCAUUUCCUUUGGCCUUGGCUCCGUUCCAAUCAUGAGCUUCAAGAGGCCAAUUUGUCGAAAGUAGAGCUGCAUCUUCCAUGCCCAAUCAUCAUAGCCAUCUCCAGAGAACUUCUCAAUGGUGAAGUUCUUCAGCACCUCCUUAAGCAGUGACCCCUGGCUUGUACGCGCUCCCCUUUGCGCUGCAAUGCCAGAAUCUUGGGUUGAGCUGCCUCCUUGGACUGAAGUAUCACCUCCACCAGAGUCCUCUUUAUCUCCCAUCGUAUUUUAGGUCCCAAAUGCGUGAUAAUAGGCUCUGAUACCACUUGUUGGUUAGAGAAGGCUAUAAGCAGAUGAUUCAAUGGCUCCUUGGAAAUUUCUGCAGCACUUCGUUAUGACGCCCAGAAAACUCGCGACCUUCGAAUAGCUAUAUCAAAAACUCCAAUCGGUGAAACGAUCUGAAAAUCGGAUAUGUUGUAGCUGGCAGUGUCAGCUUUCCACUGAAAGUUGAAUCACUCGAUUCCGUAGCUAAACGAGUGAGCUAUGGCGUUUGGCGCACUGGGGGGUAAUCUGCCCUAGGAGAAGUUGACAGUCCUCAGAGUCACUAUGAUUGAAGCUUACAAGUUCAGAGACAUGAUGGAAAAGGCAUU